AUGAGUGCUGCUGCCAUGCAAUCCAGGUUCCGUUUGAAUCCUCAGCCACCUUAUAGCCAGAAAAUGUCGGAGACUCGCAGUGAGAUACGUCGCAUCAUAAGGGAGGCCCUCCAAAACAUCACGGGGGAUCGCAUGGCAAGUAUGCGCUGGCCCUCUUACUGGAAGGACAUUGUCCAGCGAUACCACGUCAUGAUCGUGGGUUGGCCCGAAGAAGUUCCAUUCAAGAACUUGAGCCAGGUCUCCAACCUCGCAAAGCUCGAGAUUCUCCUGCGCAAAUGGCAGAACAACGAGACGCGUUUUCGCCGCAUUACUGACGCAGAAUUGACGGUGCUGAGCACGGAGCGGGAAGCGAGGAUUGAGGCGGGGACGGAGAUCGACGAAGGAGGCGAUGAAGAGGCUGAGGAGGAAGAGGUCCCACAGGAGGGUUCUUCGAGCAAUGUGGGUUCUUAG